AUGACUUCUCUGCGAGACAAGUUAUAUGCUGAGCGGCAACUUAAUAAACAUGCUUUUGGAAAUAGGCCAGCAAGUUCUAAUGAAGAUCCUACAACAGAGAUGGAAGAAAUCCCUAAGCAGAAACAUUUCGCUUUGCUGAACCGGAUCGUUGAUAGUCAGUUUCGAAAAAUUGUUUUGAUAGGAUUAUUUAAUAUCAUUAUACUUGGUGUUUUUGCCGUGGCACUUUUCUUUCUCCUUUUCUUGAAUCACAAAGAUUCGCAUACUCCUUCUGAUAAUGUGUCUACAGCAGUUUCAUCUGCUGGUACAACCGCAUCUGGUCCUACAAAAAGUUUGAGCCUUACUACUAAUACAGUUUCUUCUCGUACUACUGUAUCUGCCCACCCUACUAAUACAAAACCAACUGGAACUACAACAACAAUAACACGAAACCCCUCAGAUUGUACUCCAACAACACCUGCGACAUUACUCUUCGCUUAUUCCAAUGAUAUUUCGACUAGUCUUAUUCAACAUGGCCGUAGCUGGAUAACUGAUUAUUUCACAUCACUGAAAAUUGUAUAUUUUGCGAAUGUUCGAUUUGACACUACUACCGGUGACCCUAUUUAUUUUAAUACUAAUAAAAGUGACUUUACGGAUUCCGUCUCAGCAAACUUGCCUGAUUCAACGCUAAGCUUUCCCAGUCAACGUACUGAGAGUAACGUUUUAAAUGUUAUUAGGAAAUUCCUUUCCCACCAAGAAUAUCCACUAUGCGGUUCUAUACUCUACAUAUUAAUGAAACGACUCCCUAACACCAAAGAUGUCUCUGAUCUCAUCCAGCAACUCCGCAAACUUCACAUUUUUGUGUAUACUGUAACUGACACCAAUUCAUUUGGUGGUAAUGAUCAAGGUCUUUUGUGUGAAAUCACUCACGCCACUAAUGGAUUUUGCGACUUCCAGUCAACUGAUAUGAGGAAUGAAAUUUAUCAAACAGUUCUUGAGAUCUCGAGGACCUAUCAAUUUGUGUCACAGAGCUAUCUAGUAUCCGGGUCAGGAGUUAUAAAUGUUCCAUCUUUUGUCAGACCUGUCCAGGGAAAUCAAGACGGGACCAUGUCUCUAGUUAUCACUUUUCAGAAUCAUGGUACCGAUGACAAUCUGAAAUCUGUGAGCUUUACUAUGCUUGACGACCAAAACAACGAGGUUUUGUCUGAUCAUUAUAAAUCAACAAAUGGAAAUUCUUUUCUGAGACAUCCUGUACUGAAGAAUGAUAUUACAUAUAACAUAGUUAUCAAUUAUGAGUAUGGAGAAGAGAGGAAGGAAAUUAUUGAAGUACGGUUUUACAGCUUUUCACCGGUUGAUUCAUGGGUUCCGUUUCCUACAUUUUGA